GGAGUGGAACAAUGGUUUCUGGGGGUGUUAGAAGCUAUUUCUCCCGCUCCACAACCUUGGUGCCAGAUCUUCUGGGACUGUAUUGAUUUUACAUAAGCUGAUACUGAGUUUGGGAAUUAGUGGAUGUAAAGACAAGUCCUUGAGAAAAUCCGAAGGGUCAGUCAGGGACAGGUAGGUGAGACCAGUAGCUUUAGUCAUGAGUAACUUGGUUCACGGAAUUAAGGAAAAGACACCUAUGGGAUUCUGCGAUGUCCCACGAAAAAACCUGUUCGACUUUUUACGUGACAUGAAAAGCAUUUCUGUCCCAAAUAAACCCAGAUACAAACCUCUCAAAAAGAUCCACCAGGCUGCAAGCGAGGGUGAUGUCAAGAGACUGCAGAAAAUGAUACGUCUUGGGAAACACAGUGUACAUGACAGAGACUUUAAGCAAAGGACUGCUCUGCAUUUUGCUUGUGCCUAUGGCAAGGUAGAAGCAGUAAGUGUUUUACUGAGAAAUAAUUGUGACAUUGAUGCCGUUGACAGAAACUCCAUCACACCUCUGAUGAAGGCUGUACAAAACUGGACAUAUGGAUGCGUGCACACAUUGUUGAAGCAUGGUGCUGACCCAAACCAUAUGGACAAAAAUGGCAAUACUUCUCUCCACUAUGCUGUGUCUGAAGACAAUCAGAUGCUGGCUAAAUAUUUACUUAAGUAUAGUGCAGACAUGGAACAAAAGAACAAGGAUGGCUUUACACCACUUUUACUGGCUCUCAAGGAAAACAAAAUAGAAAUGGCAAAAUUUUUAGUAAAGAAGGGAGCAAAUAUACAUGUAUUUGAUGAGAUGAAAAGAAACACACUCUUAUAUGCCAUAAGAUGGGAUGCAAAAGAUAUGGUCAGUCUCCUUCUGAAAGAAGGAAUUGACUUUUCCUUUAAAGAUGUAUUCGGAUGGACUGCAUUACGUUAUGCUAUUGAAGGCACAAGUAAAGGUAGUCGGAAAAUCCUUAUGGACUACGAUGAAAAGUUACGUAUUAAAAAUAAAGAUGGCAGUCUAGAAUACAAGAAUUCUGAAGAAAAUUCAUUAGCCAA